ACGCCGGGGCCGCCGUCACCGCGGAGGCCAGGCCCGGGCUCCAUCGUCACCAUCAUCAUCCCCAUCCUCCUCCUCCUCCUGCUGCUGCCCCCCCGGGGUCCGUGUCUCUGUGUGUGUGUGUGUGGCCCCCCCCCCCGCCGGCCCGGCGAGCUCCAUGGUGCGGGAAGGCGGCAUGGCCCGGACCCCCUCCAGCUCCACGCAGGACAUCCAGAUGGACGUCUUGGACAACGCCACCCUCCAGGGCAAGUACAGCAAGCGCAAGAGCCGCUUCAAGCGCUCGGAUGGCAGCACCUCGUCCGACACCACCUCCAACAGCUUCGUCAGGCAGGGCUCGGCGGAGUCCUACACCAGCCGCCCGUCGGACUCGGACGUGUCGCUGGAGGAGGACCGCGAGGCGCUGCGCAGGGAGGCGGAGCGCCAGGCCAUGGCCCAGCUGGAGAAAGCCAAGACGAAGCCGGUGGCAUUCGCCGUCCGGACCAACGUCGGGUACAACCCAUCCGGCAGCGACGACGUCCCGGUGCAGGGCAUGGCCAUCUGCUUCGAGCCCAAGGACUUCCUGCACAUCAAGGAGAAGUACAACAACGACUGGUGGAUCGGGCGGCUGGUGAAGGAGGGCUGCGAGGUCGGCUUCAUCCCCAGCCCCGUCAAGCUGGAGAACAUGCGGCUGCUGCAGGAGCAGAAGCUGAGGCAGAACCGCCUGAGCUCCAGCAAAUCAGGCGACAACUCCAGCUCCAGCCUGGGCGACGUGGUGACGGGGACGCGCCGGCCGACCCCCCGGCCAGCGCGAAGCAGAAGCAGAAGUCGACCGAGCACGUGCCCCGUACGACGUGGUGCCCUCCAUGCGCCCCAUCAUCCUGGUGGGGCCGUCGCUGAAGGCUAUGAGGUCACGGACAUGAUGCAGAAAGCCCUCUUUGACUUCUUGAAGCAUCGCUUUGAUGGCAGGAUCUCCAUCACGAGGGUGACGGCCGACAUCUCCCUGGCCAAGCUCUCGGUGCUCAACAACCCCAGCAAGCACACCAUCAUCGAGCGCUCCAGCGCGCGCUCCAGCCUGGCCGAGGUGCAGAGUGAGACCGAGCGCAUCUUCGAGCUGGCGCGGACGCUGCAGCUCGUGGCGCUGGACGCCGACACCAUCAACCACCCGGCGCAACUCGCCAAGACCUCCCUGGCGCCCAUCAUCGUUUACAUCAAAAUCGCCUCCCCAAAGGUCCUGCAGCGCUUGGUGAAGUCCCGCGGCAAGUCCCAGGCCAAGCACCUCAACGUGCAGAUGGUGGCGUCGGACAAGCUCGCGCAGUGCCCCCCGGAGAUGUUCGACAUCGUGCUGGACGAGAACCAGCUGGAGGAGGCCUGCGAGCACUUGGCCGAGUACCUGGAGGCCUAUUGGAAGGCGACGCACCCCCCCAGCAGCAACCCCCCCAACCCGCUGCUCAACCGCACCAUGGCCACGGCGGCGCUGGCCGCCAGCCCCGCGCUCUCCAACCUCCAGGGUCCGUACCUAGUGCCGGGGGAGCACGGCCGCCUCCGGCAGGGUCCCGGUGAGCCGGGGGGGGCCCGGGCCCGGCCGCCCCCCCGCCAGGCCCCCCGCAGCCUGUCCCGCCAGGACACCGUGGACAUGGAGCCCGCGGGCGGCGGGGAUGCGGCCGGCCCCGAGCCCGCCGAUUCCUGCUGCAUGGACAUCGACAUGGAGCCCGGCGACGAGGAGCCCACGGGCCCCCCCCCGGCCGCGCCCCCCCACCCCGCCGGGCCAUGGCGUGAGGAUGAGCCCCGGGGCCGGGCUAUGGGGCAGGACCCACCGGAGCAGAGCGAUGGGGAGCGCUGGGGCCAGGACGUUUACAUCCGUUAGGGUGAGGGGGUGCGGGCAGGGAUGGACCCCCCCAUCCCAGGGGGAUAGAGCCCCACUGGCUGCCUUUGUGCCCCCCCGGAGCCCGGCCGCUCGUGCCAUGGGGAGCCCCUGCCCUGGGACCCCCACUUCUUACUUGGGGGGUGUCCCCCCAUUACACCGCAGCCCCCCAACAUCUCGCGGUGCCUCAGGCCCUCCCUGCCAGGGGGGUGCAAGUGACCAAAUGGGACCCCCAGCCCGUCCCCUGCCCAUGGUGGGGGCUGUGUGUGUAUCCCCCCCCACGGAUGCCCCCUGCUUCUCCAUGGUGCUGUUUGCCACCCGGCUGCAGGGGGGGCCCCUGCGCUGGUCCCCCCCCAGCAGUGCCUACAGCCUGGCACUGCCCCACUGCAGGGCUGUGACCCACAGCGCCCCCCAACCCCGGCGGGGGGGCCGUGCAUGUGUGUGUGGUGUGUGCAGGGGUUUGGGGUGCUGCGUGCUCGGGGGGGGGGGGCAGUUUGCAUGUGUUUGCCUUGGAGGGGUUUGCUUGAGUUUGGGGGGGGGUGUGUGUAAAUCUGAGCCAGUUUGGGGGGGUCUAACACGUGCUAACAGCCACCCAGCCCUGGCCUGCCCUAUGGGGGGGGCCCUUGCCCUGGGAUUGGGGUGCACAGGGCAGAGCCCCCCCUCUCCUUGUGCACCCCCCCCCCCGCUGUGCCUGUCUGCUCUCGCCCCCUCCCGCUGUGUCCGUCUGUCUGUCCGUGAGCCUGUCUGUGUGUCCCCCCCCCCCAGGGCACUGCCUUCUCCUGCGCCCGCUCCGGGGUGCCCCUCGUUGUGUCCCCCCCCCCCAACCCGCACCAAAGUGGGGUGUCCCCACCCCACAUCCAGCCCUCACUGUGGGGCCAGGCUUGCCCCAUUUAUGGGCGUCGCUGCCUUACCCAGACCCCCAGCUUUGGUGGGGGGGGGGACACGGACACGGACACCCCACUUUGCUGCCUCUGCCCAUGUGUGCCUCAGUUUCCCCUUUGACUGGGGGGGGGACACACAGUGUCACUGCCUGCCAAGUGCUUUGAGACCCGCCUGCCCUGGUGCUCGCCAGGCAGCGGGGUCCCCCCAGGCCCCCCCAUGGGCAGAGGGACGUCCCCUAUUUAUGUGACUCCACAAACGUUAUUUAAAAGACCCGACAAAGUGUAUUUUAUUUAUUUAUUCUGUUGUUUUUUGGGGGGGGGGAGACUCGCCCCGCUCGCUUGGUUCUUUGUAAUAAACAGUUCGGUGAGA